CCCGCGGAGCGGUGCUGUGCCGGUCCUGUAGAGCCCGCCGCUCCCGUCCCUUCGGCAGGAGGAGGCUCAGGCAGCUGUGGGCGGGGGCUGCUUCGGCUCUUCGCUGCUCGGCGGUCGCUGCGGAUCAGGUCUCCAUGUCGGACAACCAGAGCUGGAAUUCCUCGGGCUCCGAGGAGGACCCCGAGACCGAGCUCGGGGUGCCUGUUGAGCUCUGCGGGGUGCUCAGCAAGUGGACCAACUACAUCCAUGGAUGGCAGGAUCGAUGGGUAGUUCUGAAAACCAACACACUCAGUUAUUACAAGUCUGAAGAUGAAACAGAGUAUGGCUGCAGGGGUUCCAUCUGUCUGAGCAAGGCUGUGAUUACACCCCAUGACUUUGAUGAAUGCAGAUUUGAUAUUAGCGUAAACGAUAGUGUUUGGUACCUCCGAGCUCAGGACGCAGACCACAGACAACAGUGGGUAGAUGCAAUAGAACAACACAAGACUGAAUCUGGCUAUGGAUCAGAGUCAAGUUUGCGACGCCAUGGCUCCAUGGUGUCUCUUGUUUCUGGAGCAAGUGGAUACUCUGCGACAUCCACCUCUUCAUUCAAGAAGGGCCAUAGCUUACGUGAGAAGCUUGCAGAAAUGGAAACCUUUAGAGACAUCUUGUGUAGACAAGUGGAUACUUUACAAAAAUACUUUGAUGCCUGUGCAGAUGCAGUUUCCAAAGAUGAACUGCAGAGGGAUAAAGUGGUAGAAGAUGAUGAAGAUGAUUUCCCUACAAUGCGUUCGGAUGGGGAUUUUUUACAUAACAGUAACAGCAGCAAGGAAAAAUUGUUUCCGCAUGUGACACCCAAAGGAAUUAAUGGCAUAGACUUCAAAGGAGAAGCUAUAACUUUCAAGGCAACUACUGCUGGAAUCCUUGCCACUCUCUCUCAUUGUAUUGAACUCAUGGUAAAACGUGAAGAAAGCUGGCAAAAAAGGCUAGAUAAGGAGGUAGAGAAAAGGAGAAGAUUUGAAGAAGCAUACAAAAAUGCUGUGACAGAACUGAAGAAAAAGUCCCACUUUGGAGGGCCAGACUAUGAGGAGGGUCCUAAUAGUCUGAUUAAUGAAGAAGAAUUCUUUGAUGCUGUUGAAGCUGCUCUCGAUAGACAGGAUAAAAUGGAAGAACAGUCCCAAAGUGAAAAGGUCAGAUUACACUGGCCGACAUCCUUACCUUCUGGAGAUUCAUAUUCUGCUGUAGGGACUCAUCGAUUUGUCCAAAAGCCCUAUAGUCGCUCUUCCUCCAUGUCUUCCAUUGAUCUAGUCAGUGCCUCUGAUGAUGUUCACAGAUUCAGCGCCCAGGUGGAAGAGAUGGUACAAAACCAUAUGACAUAUUCCUUGCAAGAUGUAGGAGGAGAUGCCAAUUGGCAGCUAGUGGUAGAAGAAGGAGAAAUGAAGGUAUACAGAAGAGAGGUGGAAGAGAAUGGAAUAGUUUUAGAUCCUUUGAAAGCAACCCAUGCUGUUAAAGGUGUAACUGGGCAUGAAGUUUGCCACUACUUCUGGAAUGUUGAUGUUCGUAAUGACUGGGAAACAACAAUUGAAAAUUUCCAUGUUGUGGAAAACUUAGCUGAUAAUGCAAUCAUCAUUUACCAGACACAUAAGAGGGUGUGGCCAGCUUCUCAAAGGGAUGUGCUGUAUUUAUCUGCCAUCAGAAAGAUACCAGCCUUCAGUGAAAAUGAUCCCGAAACGUGGAUUGUGUGCAAUUUCUCUGUGGAACAUGAAAGUGCUCCUCUAAACAAUCGCUGUGUCCGUGCCAAAAUAAAUAUUGCUAUGAUUUGUCAGACAUUAGUAAGCCCACCAGAGGGGAACAAGGAAAUAAGCAGGGACAACAUCCUAUGCAAGAUUACAUAUGUAGCUAAUGUGAACCCAGGAGGAUGGGCGCCGGCAUCAGUGUUACGGGCAGUGGCAAAACGAGAAUAUCCAAAAUUCUUGAAGCGUUUUACAUCGUAUGUGCAAGAGAAAACAGCAGGAAAGCCUAUUUUAUUUUAGUACUAGCAGUGAUCAGCCUUUUCAGUGCUGUAUUUCUGUCUUCGCUUACCUGCAGCAAUUAGAACAAGACUGGGUGAGCAUUCCAUGUUGGAGAAGUGACCAUGCGUAGAACACUCCAUGCUGGAACGAAGGAUCUACAGUCUUUUUAUGGCCCAAGUUCUAGGCUUUGUAUACUGAAGUGAAGAAGUGUUGCAACACCAUGAGGCUGGGUAUUUAACACUAGUUCUCUCAUGCUAACUUUUCUUGCCGAAUCAGUGUGUAAUUAUAAAUACAUGUAUUGAUAACAUGUAUAUGGCUCUAUUUUUAUUUGCUUGCUUUAGAAGAGGAAGAACGCAUACAACUUUGAAUCACCAACAUGGGUUUCUGCUUUAAUUUUAAACAAGUUGCAGAAUUUCACUGUCAACCUACCUAAGAUACUCACACAGUUUUUGUGCUUGUGUGAAAAGCACAAAAGACAUUGCACAUAUAGCAUACUGUAUGUGCUUUAUAUGCACAAAAAUCUAUGUGGUAAUUUGAGGGGGGAGAGAGAGGACUUCAGUAAAGCCUAGGUGACUUACUGGUAGGUUUUGUUUGGCUUUGUAUAAUCAUAGUUCAUUGCUGCUGGUUUCUAUAAUGAAUCAUCUUGUUACAUAAAAUGUCAGUUAAUAACUGAGGGCUGUCAAUAUCCUUAUGACUUUGCCUUUUCUAUUGUCUUACUCUUAUGACGAUCUUUAGUUCUGAAGGAGUAAGAGUGUGAAAAGCUUUAUUUUUUUUUCCAGAUAUCUUUAUAUUUCUAUUGUAUUUUUUAGUUAUGUAAUAUGUGCUACAGAAUUUUCGUUAUUAAACAUGAUCCAGAAAUAUAUAAGAAGAUUCUGUAUGAGAGGGCCAGAGACUAACUGAAAGCUAGAAGUCAUCUGUCCAUGCUGUAUGCGGACUGCUUUCUUGCAUGAUAUCCAAGGCUUUCCUGAAGCUGUGAGAAGGUACACUAUAAUAUAUAUAUUGAAGUAAUUUGAACUACAUCAGACAACAUUCCCAGUCUAGAAUGAGGAUGAGUACAUUAUUUUCAGAUCCUGCAUGUGUUUUCCUCAUCUCAGUAAAGCCAUGCUAUGAGGUUCAUGUAGAAGAUUAUUUGCCUCUUGAUCAAAAACCCAUCAGAGCCGUAAGGACGCGUAGUUCUUACUGGAAAGUUCCCUUUGGUUGCUGUGAGAAUUUGAAUGUCAGAUAUCUGCUUGCCUUUGAUGCUGGAGAUGCUCAUUAGAAGAGGACUGUGGCAGACCGGUACUGACUUUGAGGUCUCUUAGCUGUGUCACAUAGCUGGAAACUCUUGAGAGACUGCUCGGUGUUUAACUAACCUGUGUAUCUCAAGAAAAAAAGACUUGAUAUAUUUUUUUCAAAAGAAAGCUGAAAGUCUUAUUUGAUAGAGUAUGGUUGGUGCCUGAGAAUAAAUAUAAUAUAGUAACUUAAUGAAGAUUUGGUAGAUGAUUAUAAAUGUGAUGAUCUGCACAGUGUUAAAAAACUUGAUCUAUUCAUCUUCUCCAUACAGAUGAAAUCAUACAUUACACAUGAUUACACAUGCAUGCGGAUUUUGUGCUCCAUAACUCUUCCCGUUUUAUUUGCCUUUCUCUAAUGGUGUGCAUGGAAUAUGCCUUAUUACAGAGUUAUUCUGUUAAUUUGAAUAUGUAGAGAAGUGCCUAUAUGGUAAUGCUAGUAAGGCAAAUAAGAUGAAAAUUUGUACACGUUUACUGUAUCACCAGUGAGCAUUUUAUAUAGCGAUGUUAAAAAAAUCUUAUACCUCAGAUGUGCUUCAUCUUUUUACAAUCAACCAAUCAAUGGUUCAUUCCACCAUAGCCACUGAUGGGAACUUAAAAAAAAAAAUCAAAAAUACAAAGAGAACUCCUUAUUUGCUGUUUCUGGUCAAUUGUUGGAACACAAGCAAGUUUAUUAAUUUAAUUGGAUAGCUUUAUUUUACAAAGGUAUGGAAAGUUUACAAAGCAGUAUAUAAACUUAUAUCAUUAGUUGCAUUUGCACUAAAUGUGAUGUACUUUUGCGAUUUAUUCUGUAAAUAAAAUUACACUACAGAUACUAUUUGUAAAAAAUACGUUUUGCUUUUAAAGGCACUGGUACUUCACUACAGCUAGCCCUGCCCAGUCAGUGGUAAGAGGCUUCUUGAGGAGCUGCAAGAUUGAGAAAUCUAUAUUAAUUGACCUCUUUAGAAACAAAUGGAAAAAAGGCAGUUCUGUGUAGGCCUCUCCUCUGAGACUGUCCGUGUGCAAGUAGCCAUUAGAUCCUUGCUUCUGGGAGGGAUCUUGCUUUUAUAAAAUCUGCUGUGUCUGUUGAGCCCAUCCCUCUUUUCAGUCACUGCCACACAUCUGUGUGCCCUGAGUUCCCUUUUUCCUGUUAAUGGAUCGGUGAUGAUUAUACAGCUGUGGUGGUCUUCGCAGAAGCAGCUUGUGACUCUAGAAUGGGUGUUUUUAUGAGCUGAACCAAUGUGAAGGGAUGAGGACGCAGCAAUCUUCUCUGUUAGAUAUUGUUCUCUGAAUAUCUGUGUCUGUUUGGAGAAUUUGGACAUUGCUAAACUAGAUCUGAAGGAAAUUACUCUAUAGAACUUGUCUUGGGGAUGAGGAUGAGAUGGUCAUUGUUUUCCUAUCUGAGAACUUGAACAUCUUAUUUCGACAAAUUUACCAGUGAAAAAUGUGAUGCACUUUGAAAAAAAUAAAAAAAAAAUAAAAAUAAAAAAAAUACCUUUUAUUUACUUGGGCUGAGCUGGCUUACCUGAAGUUGUGCAGACUCUCUUUAAUCAGAUUUCCCACCUGUAUUUUAGUCAAGUUGUACAGAUAAUGCUGUAUUUUAAUUGCCACUGUUCAUCUACAGACUUAAAACAUGAAUCAUAUUUUUUGAGUACCUUGAGUGUGUAGAGUGUAACUGUUUGUUCUAUAAUAGCUUUAUGAUCCUAAUGAUAAGUUUUAAAAAUUAAAAGAAGUUGGCUCUUCCAUGUUACAAUCACAAAUUUAAAACCAGUAUUUAAAAGUGAAAAGUAUUAAAAAUUAUGAAAAAAAGAAA